AUGGCAGCAACCAUCCGAUCGAACGAAGACCUGGCUGCACGUGUAGCCAACCUAGAAGCGCUCAUACAAGCGCAAGAUGCAAAUGCGCAUUCGUCUUCUGCAGAUACGAUUCUGCCUUUAGGGAGAGCAAAGGGCAUGCUCUUGACGAAAGAGACUGAUCAUGUGCGUUUCAUACCAUCUGCAGCCUCGGAAGACAGAGAGAACUCUCCCUAUGAUCCUCACCAGGCUCUACGCCGAUUGACUUUGGUACCGCGGUUGUUCCAUAUUCUGCAUGAUCCCACCUUCAACAAGCAGUAUGAAGUCUUCGAAAGGGCUCCGGAAUCAAUGUCUCUAUCAUGGAUAGCCCUCCUAAAUGCCAUUGUCGGGACAUCUGUCAUGGCUUUGGGUCCGUCGAGUGGGCUUCUCAAUGAUCUCUCACGGAAGGAGCUUGUCACUGACUAA